AUGGAAGCUUACUGGUACUUGGUUUCAGGCGCGGUCAGCGCCUGUUCACUGACCGUUAUUCUGAUACUAUUCCUGGUCUAUCGCCGGCCCGGUAAAAAGAACGAUGACAACACGUUCGGCAGCAUCACGAAGGUCAAACGGCUGUACCGCACGUUCACGCCGGUCAAGGACCCGACCUUCAGUUUCCAUUCGGUCAAGGUCCAGGAAGCCAUCGACCAAUCGCUUGAUGCCCACCGGCCGUUCACCGCACUUAAGCUUCAGAACGGGCACAUGUACCAGUACCAGUACCAAUUGUACCAGUACUAA